ACUGAUACAACCAGCGGAGAGCACGGGCAGCCCAAUUCCUGCGCUGGCAGCAGCCUGGACCCCCCUCCUCCCCAAACAAGUCUGGAGAGACAACACUUCCCUCCUCCCAGGAACAAUAUGACAGCAGUGAGCUAGCAAGGUCGCCAAACAAGUCAACUUCAUCUUCCUCAGCCUCACCUACGGGCACUGACUGCGGGACACGGCAGUGAGAGGCGAGCCCUCGAGUUUGGUCAACCCAGAUUUCCCAAGAGAAAAGAGAAAGCUCCUCUCCCCAGCCCUCGCUUGGCAUGUCUCUUCCCGAGCCCUGAUGGAAACUGUUCCUGCUCAAGUGGAGGACAGCCUCUCUCAAGUGUGUUUGAAGGGAACCAGAGUUGCUUUUCUUUCUUCAGCUCUCUCCUUGCAAGUGCUGGCUGUCAUUCUUGCCUAGAGGAGAGAGGGGCUCUGCCUGGAGAAGGAAUAUGCACCUUGGGCUUUGUUGUGGAAAACCUGGUUACCUGGUUUAAUCACUAUGGAUAACUUGGACUGAUAUCACUGAGACCCGUGGAUCUGUAUAACACAUUUUGAUCAUUCCAACUACUUGACAAUGAAUGGCAGGUCAUGCAGUAUGAGUCACCGGACUUCAGGUACCCCCCAUGGUCCCGGGAUGAUCAAUGGACAACAAAUUCCACCGAUCAGAGUUCAUGCAGGAACACCUUGCCCAUCUUUGAAUAGCAGCACCCCAAGCCCAGCUAUUGGAAACUUGUCCGCCAGUCUCCAUUUAAAGAUGCCCCUUGGAGGAGGGGUAGCUCCUCAGAGCAACAUCACUGAUAGUACCAUCCACCUCCCUGCUUUAAGUCCCAGGAGACAAGUGGUUACAAAUGGGAAGCCUUUAUUCCAAAUCCCACAGCCUCCAGGGCUGCCAGCACCACAGUUUUUAAAGUCAAAGCAGCAGGAGUUUGGGAACAAUUUCUCCCCAAGCACAAUUAAAGGUCAUGCCUAUGGGCCUUGGGGCAAGUCUAUUGGAAGAGGCAGCUGCAACAAUCUAGUUGUCACCAGCAGUCCCAUGAUGGUUCAGCGACUGGGACCUAUAUCACCUCCUGCUAACCAGGUCUCAAAAGGAUGCAACCAGCUCAGUCCUAGCUUACAGAGGGCUAUGAAUGCUUCAAACUUGAAUAUACCUCCAUCAGAUACAAGGUCCCUCAUGUCACGUGAGUCUUUGGCCUCUACAGCAUUAAGCCUGUCAGAAAGUCAGUCAACAUUGAGUCUGAAACAUGAGUGGUCUCAUGGGUGCAGGAUUCUUCCUUCCCUUCCUUCCAACCAAGGAUCCCAAAAUGGCAGUGAGCUAGGGGACAUACUGAGUAUUCCACCUGGAACAUCCAUGUCCAACAAUGGUGUAUCUAAUUCAUUACCGUCUUACUUGUUUGGUAUGGAAAAUAACCAUUCUCCUUACCCUAGCCCUCGCCAUUCUUCAACCCGAUCUCAUUCAGCUCGCUCCAAAAAAAGGGCCCUCUCUCUGUCUCCUUUGUCUGAUGGCAUUGGGAUUGACUUCAAUACAAUCAUACGUACAUCCCCAACCUCGCUGGUUGCCUACAUCAAUGGUUCAAGGACGUCACCAGCAAACAUAUCCCCGCAACCUGAGGUCUACGGGCAUUUCUUGGGAGUAAGAGGAAGCUGUAUUCCCCAGCCUUGCUCUAUUCCAAACACUCAGAAAGGUCUUCUUGUGGCUAACAGCAACAUCACCCUCCCAGGUUAUGGUGAAAACGGAACAGUGGAAUACCAGCGGAUGCAGCAGUUGGAACAAAGUACCUUACAGUCAGCAGUCAUGAACAACAUGAUGAUUCAACAAGGUAUGCCUCUCAUAGACAGCCAGCCAAUGGGCAUGUUAAAAAGUGAACGUGUGGAUGAUUUUUCGGGCAGCACAAUUGACAUGCCUCCUCCUCCCCCUCCACCACCUCCUCCACCACAAGGUCCCCCACCCCCUUACCAUGCACAUCAACACCGACAUCAGCAUGACCUCAUAAACCAUUCCCAUCAACUUGCCUUGCCGCCUUCUGCCCAGGGCCCUCUAUUGGAUGAGGAUGGUGAAUUAGAUGAUUACAAUGGUAAACACUGUUGUCGCUGGAUAGAUUGCAGUGCUCUGUAUGAGCAGCAAGAGGAACUAGUGCGGCACAUAGAAAAAGUUCAUAUAGACCAGAGAAAGGGAGAGGACUUCACUUGUUUCUGGGCAGGAUGCCCUCGAAGAUACAAACCAUUUAAUGCCCGCUACAAACUGCUGAUUCACAUGAGAGUUCAUUCAGGAGAGAAGCCAAACAAAUGCACGUUUGAGGGCUGCAAGAAGGCCUUUUCCAGGUUAGAAAAUCUCAAGAUUCAUUUACGGAGCCACACAGGAGAAAAGCCCUACCUUUGUCAGCAUCCAGGUUGUCAGAAAGCAUUCAGUAACUCCAGCGAUCGAGCCAAGCAUCAGAGGACACACUUGGACACUAAACCGUAUGCAUGUCAGAUUCCAGGAUGUACCAAACGAUACACAGACCCGAGUUCUCUGAGAAAGCAUGUAAAGGCACAUUCUUCCAAAGACCAACAGGCCAGGAAAAAGUUGCGAUCAAGCUCAGAGCUUGACCAGGACAUCCUCAGUGACUGCCUCACUAUCCAGCCUCUCCAACCAGCUCCUUCGCCACUUGAUGCUACAGACAAUACCAUGGGACGAUCACCAGGGCCCGUUCAUGACAUCUACACAGCUACAAUGUUCUCCAGUACUCACUCAAGUCGGAGUGGAACAGCUGCUGCAGCUGGGACACCAUCACAUCCUGCCAGUCACCUUUCUCCAGGGCAUAACAUACAGGGUAGUCCCUGUAACCCACAAUCACAGUUACCCCCUCUUUCAGCUGUAGACUCAGGUACUGAGAGAUUUGCAGUUCCUGCUCCAUCUCCCCAUCAUAUCAGCCCCAGGAGAAUUCCAGUUCCCCCUCCAAUGAUGCAGAGACGAAUACCACAGACUCCUCAUCUUCAGCAGACUGUGGGAACGCAUCAGAAGACAUACCAACCAAUAACAAACCCUUCUUUUCAACCAAAUGGCAUCCACAUCCAAGGCUUUUAUGGGCAACUACAGACUUUCUGCCCUCCACAUUACACUGAUGCUCAGAGGAACAUACAACAUGGUGGUUCAUGUAACAUGGUCCCUCCUUUUGAAGACUGUCUAGUUCCCACAUCAAUGGGUCAGACAGGGUUUGAUGUUUUCCACAGAGCUUUUUCAGCACAUUCUGGUAUUACAGUGUAUGAUCUUCCAUCAGGCUCAACAGGCUUCUUUGGUGAUUCAUUGCGCAAUGGGUCUGAGGACACCAGUUUCCUUCAGAUAAAUGCAGUGGAUCGUUGCCCUAGUCAGCUUUCCUCUGUCUAUACAGAAGGUUAAAAUAAUCUAAUUCUAAUUACAAAUAUUCUACUUCAUAUCAUCUUUCCUUUCUGAUGGCGAGGAAAAAAUACAGUCUUCUACCAGACUCCUGUAUGAAAGAGGGGGAAAUGCAACCACCAGACACUUCACCUCACAGAAACAGCCAAUCAAAGGGGGAAAUGUCAGUAAAUCAAGAAAAUGUUGCCAAAACUUAAGCAAUUGUUACUUUUCUUUUGCUCUGUUGCAUGGCAGCACUAUUUUUUUUAUUUCAAAGGGAAUUCAAAUACUGAAUAAGAAACCCGCUGCUAGCUGUAAUCUUUUCAAAUUGAGUUGGUGAAAUCAUUUAAGAAUACGGUUUUGAAAGGGGGAGGAAGAAAUGUAAGACCUAAAACCAGAGAACGCUAUGAACAUUGUAAAAGACACAGCUUCUUGCACAAUUGUUUGUCUGUGGUGCUUACAGAGCUAGAUAUACACAAAGACAAAGAAAGGGAAAAAAUUUGAGACUGAUCAUAGAACCACCAGUUAGAGGCAUUGUUGGGGCUUCUUGGAGCCAAAGAACAUGGCACUGGAUUUCCUGCAAUCCUUGUUUUGGUUUUCUGUUCCAUUCCACUAGAAUUUAAGCCUUUCAGAACAGCUGUGGCUAUCUUGUUCAAUAUUAUUUGCAUUUGAACAUUUUAUACAAUGACUAAGUCAAGUUUAACUAAAAAGGCACUAGAUUUCUUUUAUAUUUGAGCAGUCCUUAUUAGCACUGCUGUGGAGAAUUUAAUAAAUAAUGAUAAUCUUUCAAAAUAUUUUUUAACCAUACUAUGCAAUUUAAAAGAGAUUUAUAUUUGUGCUGUAGAAUGCUAUAGGAUGGUUAAAAAUAACCUAUAGAAAAGAUAUCAUUAUCCAUUAAAUUCUGUAGCUUUUUAAAGCAAUUUAUAUGAAACCUUGUUAAAUUUCUAUUUUUCCCUAUUGACUUCAUCCUUAUACAAUUCUACAGAACUUUUCCCUGAAGACUGUUACAUUUUAGGGUUUGUUGAUGUUUGUGCUAGGUUAUUCAGAGAUCUACAACUGAGUUGUUUUUAACCUUGUGAUGGCCUACAAGUUUUAGCUCAGGCUGAAAGCAAAUCACUUUGGCUAUUUUAAAACCCACAAUGAUAUGGAAGGCGCAAGGAAUUAAAUUACGCAAUAGAGAUGUGGAUUUUGCCAUUGUUGUGCUCCUGUGGAAUUGGAAAACAAUUUUUCUUAUUUAAAAUUUUAUUUUAAAAUUAUUCAUUCGUAUUGUGAAUAAAAGUUGUGGGGAUUUUUAAUGUAUAUAUGUGCUUAUUAAUAUGAUAGCUUCAUAUUAUGGCCCUAAAAUCUGAAGAAAUUUUUGCAGUCCAACAAGUUUGCAUGCUGAAAUUUAUCAAAGUAUUAUUCACAGAAGAGAUUAUAAUUUUUCCAAUGGAGUCAUUAGUUUAGAUAGCUACAUUUUGAAAUAUUACCCAGAUACCUGCUUGUACUGAGAUACUGUUAUGAUCUGUCUAGUAAAUUCAUUCCUGAUUUAACUGCACUGACUUUGAUGAAGUAGCACCAGGGAUGAAUUUGGCAAAACACCAGGCCUCAGAGGAGCCUCUAAAAUCGAUCACAUCUGCACAUAUACACUUAACUGGCAGAAUUUCAUCUGUUCUAUCAAUAAAAGUAUACAACAUUUAAACAAUUAAGUACAUACGCACAAAAACUAUACAAAAGUAACAGGGUAUGUCUUAAAUUUAGAAAUUAUGUGUAAAAUUAAUCCCUGUUGUACUCUAACUCUGACACGUGGGAUGAAUUUGGCCCUCUGUCUUAACUCACAUCAUUGUGCCUAGACAACAUAUUGUCCUAUUUGCUAUGGUGAAUGAUGUUACACACUUAUUUAAAGCAUCUGCACUGAGCUGCAGCACAGCUGAAUCUCUGGCCCAAUGCAUUAACCCUGAAUUGUAGUGUUUUCUAGAGAUUUCAUUUUAUCCGGUAUUAAGGGCCCUCCAAUGGUCAUUGCACACCUUUGACUUCUGAAGGAGUUGUAAGCAUGCUUAAAGUUACAAUUUUAGGUUCACAGUGCUCUAUCUUACACCACUGAAGUCAUCAGGAGCAGUAUUGUGGACGGUCAAGUCAGUUAAAAAAUGUUUGCCUUACUGCAACUCUGAUAUGGUUGUCCAUGAUUUGUCAUUUGUCAUUUUCUAUGUAUGAAAAGCGAAAAAUAACUGCAGAGUUCAGAUAUAUACCUCUUUUGACCUUUGAAGCUACUGAAAGACAUGUUUCUAAUCUCUGAACAUACAAACUAUCUGGUGAGGACUGCUUAUAAAGAAAGAUGAUGAGAGUCUCAGAAGUGGUACAAGAAAGAAGACAAAACACAAAAGGAUGUUGAGUGUUUUCCUUUUUGACAGAUAAGUUUGAAAAAAAAAACCACUCUUGCGAGUCUUUUUUUUUUUUUACUGUGCACAACUUUUAAAGUGCCUUAAUCUUAAAGAAAACUGAAUACUAUCUCCAGCAGCACUUGGAGAUGGGUUACCAUUCUACAAAAAGGGGGAUUCCCGUUUACUUCUAUAUCAUGAUAAAAAGAGAGAUAAUUCAUGAUUAUUUCAUGAUCAUUCUCAUAAACUUCAGGAGAUCCUUUCGCGGUGGCUGGAUGUUUAACAAAAAAUACUCUUAUGUGACUUUUCUUGAAUAUUUAAACAGAAUUUUUUGUCACAUCACAAAUGAAAACUGGUGCUUCUAAAAACAUACAUAGCUUAACACAAGUUACUGAAUUACAUGCAAAUACAUGUGCCUCAACAUUUUGUUUUUGUUUUAAAUUGCUGGAAAAUAUUAACUUUCUAAAGGGAUUAAAUCUAAAAGAUGUUUUUAUUUUAAAAAAUGGACAUAAAACAAUAUUGUAAUUAAAUAAUUUACAGUAAUCUUUUUUAUUAUUCUUUCAUAUUCAAAUGGUGUAUUUAUAUCUACAGGAUAAAGGGGUCUACACUGGAGUUAAAAUGUAGUUUCAAAUAGCAUUUUGUAUCAAAAAGAAAGACUUCAUAGGUUUCUAAUAUCAGUUGCCGAAAUAUUGCAAUGUUAGUGCUGUCUGUCACGAUAUACUUUCAUAAUUUCAUGAAUCAUUGUGAAUGGCUUUGUAUAAACCUACAUUUCACUGUGUUCGUUACCAGUUUUGGUUGUGUAAUUUUAUAGCAUUUUUAAACAGCACUUUUUGUUGUUUGCGUGACUUUUUCUAGUUUUGUUUGUUUUGUUUUGUUUUGUUUUGUUUUGUUUUUUCUUUUUUAGGAACAGGUAAAGCAAAAGACACACUUUUGAAAUUGCACAUGUGUGUUUAACUUUUUCUUUUGUACAGAAAGCAGAGUAUCUUGUGUAACAUUUUUACACAAAGCACUUUGGGGAGGAGAGGGAGUGAAAAUAAGUUUUCUAUAAACGUUACCGAUUCUUGUACAUAUUUAUACAUGCUCACAUAUAGAGAGUUGAAGUCCAUAUUCCAUACUGUAUAUCUAGCUGAUAUUAUUGUACUGGCACAUCUGUUGCAUAUUGCAAGUUAUAAUCUUUUAAAGAAUUAGCGCCACUUUUUUCUAUUAAUAUGUAUAGUUUUGUGAUUUGUUAUAGUUAUGUUUCAUAUAAUCAUAAGUUAUUUUUUCUUGUUUUAUGAAGUCUUUUUUAUGUAAAAGGUAAAAUGAAGGGUUUGUGCAUAUGAAACAAAAUAAAACUGGAAAUUUAUAACACACUGACAUGACUGGUAGAAAUGCCUUAAAAAGACUGCUGUAGUCCAUGUUUCUCACCAUGAGGCUGCUUAAUGUUUGGACAUUCAUUAGAAACAGAUAUAGGGAAUUAAAUCUCAGAGGUUUGUUCUAAAAAUUCUUCUGGCUUUGGAACCAGAGUUUUGGUCUGGAUUUAAUAGUAUCUAAGGAGGUGAGGAACUUCAGGGAAAAAUGGUUGCCUUAAUGUGUUUUACAUGUUAGGAGGAUUCAUAAAUAAAGGGUGAAGUUUUGUUUAAUUACAUGUGUAUUUUAAGUUGUAUCAGUUUUUCUGUUCAUGUGCUUCUCUUAAGCAAAUGUGCCCUGA